AUGCUGCUCCGCACUCAACAACGACAACAACCGAACACCUUUGCCUUAACCUCUCUAUUAAGCACAUUUUUGGCUGCCUUGGUGAUAAUACCCUCUGCUCCGGUGGCAUGUUAUGUCAUAAACCCCAAUAGCCUAACAGAGGUACGACAAAAAUCCCUCAACUCACCAGCAUCGCCACACUCACCACUAACUUCAAAAGUGAUAUUUGAAAGUCCUAGUGUUGAGAAUAUUUUCAAGGACUUCAUUGUCUCAACAAAACCCCUGACGCUGCGGAAAUACUCCACCCGCCCCAAGACAAAGAAAACUAAAAAGGAUUCACGUAUCUACUAUAUACCCAUACCUCCGAUGCCGUAUCGUUUUAUACCAGGUAUUGGUUAUGAUUAUCAGCCAAUGAAAAUUAAACCUCUGCUGGUAGAACCAACCUCGGCGGUGGUGGAGAUACCAGUGACCACCACAGAUUAUCCCAGCUAUGGAAAUUAUGGUGGCAGCAGUGCCAUGCAAAAUCCCUAUAAAAAUUAUCAUCAACAGCUGCAAAAUUCAUAUCUUCAGGCAAGUCAGCAACAACAGAAGCCACAGUACUUUGAUACCUCCUCGAAACUGCCUACAUUUGUGGACACAACAAAGCCGCCAGCAAAACCAACCACAACCUCACCCAGCAGCGUCAAGGCGGAAAGUAAAGUUUUUCGUUUGGAUCGAAAUGAUUAUUACUUUAAUGGACGACCCUUCCGACUGCAAGUGGCCCAUGCUGGACCGAAAUAUAAUUUAACGCCACAAAAUCUGAAAUCAUCAUUUUAUUUUAAUAAAAAUAUUAUUUAUUAAGUUUUUUAUUACCAUCU